CGCAAAUUUGGUUUGGGUGAUUUUCGCGGUGCUUUCUGGAACUUGUAGUUUGCUAACCCUUGUUCUGGAGCUGUUGUGCUGAGGCUGCAGGGAGAGAAGCGCAGGAGCUACUUGGCAGUCUUGCCCUGUUACCGGCACUGCCAUUCUCUGCCUGGUCUCCAAAUCCCUUCCUCCCUACGCAUGCUAGACGCUUCAGCCUGUGACUCUGCUUUUCAUCCCUACCAUUUUGAUGUGGAUCCUGUUGCAAAGAGCCCUUCCAGUAGGUCUCAGGCUGGGCUGGGCAGUGCCAGGGAGCCAGAGCUGUUGGAAGUUGGAGUCCAGAGGGAUUUCCCAUCUGCAUAAGGCCAUGAGGUUGGUCCAGUUCCAAGCCAAGGGAUCAGCAGCUGCACCCCGAAUUGGGCUAGAAGAGAAAGAUGGAGGCAACGUGAUAGACCUGAAUGCUUUUGAUCCAUCUCUGCCCAGGACCAUGAGGGCAUUCCUGGAGGAAGGAGAUGCAGCAUUUGCUGUAGCUAAGAGGGCACAAGAGUCCAGCCAACAUGUUUUACCCCGUGCUGAAGUCUCCCUCUUGGCUCCCAUAACUAACCCCGAUAAAGUGAUCUGUGUGGGAAUGAACUAUGUGGACCAUUGCUUGGAACAGAAUGUGAAAAUCCCCAAGGAGCCCAUCAUAUUCAGCAAGUUCCCCAGCUCCAUUGUGGGACCCUACGACGAGAUCAUCCUCCCAGUAGAGAGCAAUGAAGUAGACUGGGAAGUGGAGCUAGCCUUUGUCAUUGGGAAGAAAGGAAAGCACAUCCAGGAGCCGGAUGCCAUGAGCCAUGUUGCAGGGUUCACCGUUGCCCAUGAUGUGAGUGCCAGAGACUGGCAGAUGAGGAAGAAUGGGAAACAGUGGCUUCUGGGGAAAACGUUCGACACCUUCUGCCCUCUGGGACCAGCACUGGUCACCAAGAACUCUGUGUCAGACCCCCAUAACCUGGGGAUCCGCUGCAAAGUCAAUGGGGAGCUUGUCCAAAACAGCAACACUAACCAAAUGAUCUUCAAAACUGAGGCACUCAUUGCAUGGGUCUCCAAGUUUGUCACACUGUACCCAGGUGACAUUUUCCUCACUGGGACUCCUCCAGGUGUUGGAGUUUUCCGGAAGCCUCCAGUGUUCCUGAAGAGAGGAGACGAAGUACAGUGCGAGAUUGAUGAACUGGGAACCAUCCGGAACAAGGUGGCGUGAUUGGGUAGCUUCUGAUCCUGAACAAUUGCAGCUACAAAUGCCUUAAUACUAAUUUCAAAUCAGGAACACAGAUUGGCCUAAAAUUUCCAUAAAGGUUCUGAUUGAUUGCCUCUUCUGGAACUACUCAUGGCCACAGGACUGGAGACACAGCCAACCACAGACCAAGUCCCAGUCAGUAGUUUGUGGACACUUCAAUUAAAGAGAGAACUCAUGGAGGCGUGUACAUAUGA